AUGCGUCCUGUUUCCGCUGCGGCUGUCUUGGCUGCUUGCCUCCACGUUGGUCUCUGCGAUGCCAGCGACCUGGCACCGCGAUGCGCUGUCAACUGUGCCUCGAACAUCAGAAACGACAAGGGAGCACUCGACCUCAAGACCAUUUGUGGAAACAAGCUCAUGACAAACGUCAGUCGCCCUCGACAUCUGGUCGUCUGCACUCCUUGUUGGGUGGUGGUGCUAACAGAUUGCUUGUCACAGUCUCUCUUCCAAUGCCUCAUCGGCGCUUGUCCCCAGUACGAUUACGGCCCAGCGGUGGCCCAUGUCGCCCUCGCAUGUUCCAACCUGGGCAUGAGCAUUGGGCCGUUGCAUCCCGUGGAGGUCCAGCACGUCGACCUGGAGAAACCUCAAUAUCUUCCCACCCCAUCGAUCCCUCCUGCGUACGGCACGCCUGGUGAUGCAUCUCAGCCAGAUACCGACCAUUUGACUUUGUCCUUUGACAUUUCCCUUGAUUUGAAAUGCAAUUCCGGGCCAGACGGUCUUGUCACUGUGACUCUCCCUCCGCCUGCUCCAUCUACGCCUGCCACCUCUCCUACACCACCACCUCCUGUCUCCAGUCCUGAUCCUGGUGAGAGUGAAGGUGAGGGUGAUGGUGAGAACCAAGGCGAGGGCGAGAACGGCAAUGGCAAUGGCGAGAAUGGCAAUGCUACGCCACCCGCCCCAGCCAAACCAACCAAGUCAACGGCUGAUCCCGCUACGACAUCUUCAUGUCCGCCAACCUCUACUCUAUCAAACUCUCAUGGUCCUGACGGCGGGCAAGCUCCUCCACAGUCAACUGAUCUCGGUGAGCACGGCGAUCCUGCUGUAACAUCUGCACCCUCCGCGGCCCCAGGGGGAGGCAAUCCAUCGUCUCCAGCCUCUACAUCUCCAUGCUCGACCGCUUCUCAAGAUACCGGUGGCCUUGAUCCUCAGGAUCCAAACCAGUCUUCAAACAACUCCGCCGGGGAACCUUCUCAUCCUCCUAACGGUGGCGAUGGCCCUCAGGCCUCAGCAACCUCCAGCGUUGCUACAUCCGCACCUGUUUCCCCAGCUCCAACCCCUUCAUCAAGUCCUUGUUCGGUGACAGAUGGCACGGAUAUGUCGGCCAAUCCAAUCCCAGGUCCUCAGGCAUCCAAGACUGCAGAGCCUGCAACUGUUGCUCAACCACCUUCGUUACCUUCUCCUUCUUCACCCCCUGCUGCCACGGUACCGGCAUCUACACCUCCAUCCCCACCUUCCUCAGCUGAACCGGCAGAUCCAUCAAGCGCCAACCCGCCAGAAUACACACGCGCGGGAUCUGGUGAGCAGUCACCUGACAACAGCUCUGCCUUUCAAACGAGCAUCCCUGAAUCAAGUGCAGAGCCCAGUCCACAGGAAAGCCCCAGCUCAGGGGCGCAGGCACCAUCAUAUGGGCAAGGUGGCUUAUCAUCACCGGCACAUACUCCAGAUAGCCAAACGGAUGACCUCGCCGCGGAAACCGCAGAAAGCAAGCCUACUUCCAAGACCGUCGAACCUUCGGUGACCACUCUUUGGCCAACUGCCAAAACUAAUCGGUCAUCAAGCCCGACAAGUGCAGGGGCACAUGGUCAAUCAUCUACCACCACAUGCGAAUCUGGGGGCAAGGAGACAGUGACGACAGGACACGAUGAGCCAAUGGGUUCGGUCAUGGUCAAAGUCAUUCGUCCCGGUGAGGCUGGUGCUGAGACGAUGUUUGUCACUGUUUGGGAGCCAGCUCCUGCGGCUACAGCAGCUUCCACAGACAUGAUCAGCAAUGUCGCUCAAUUGGCCAUUGGUAGCAGCGUGAUGGUGGAAUCAAUGGUUGACUCCGUCCACGUCGCUGAACCAAGCAGCCUUCCGACACAGAGCGGAUUCGUCAUAUCGAGGCCCACGACAGCUCGCGUUUCUGUGUCAUCUGACAACGUGAUAACGGAGACAUCACUUCCCAAGAUCGCAUUGGUCAACGGCGUUUCGAAGUUGACACCCCAGCUUUGCAUCAUUGCUCUGCUCAUCAUCCUCGUCAGUGGGAUAUUGAUGAGCUGA